CUGGCCUGCACCCUCGCCCUGCUCCUCACAGCCGCUCUCUCAGCGGACCACGUACCCAUGCUGCUUUGGACAACUCAGAGAUCACAGUGGAAUCCAGACGCUGCUUUGCACGAAGGACACGUCGUCUCAGCGCAGGAGUUGACUGUACUCCUGCAACCUGUUGUUACCCAGAAUUCAAGCAACCUCAUCUUGUUCCUGCAAGAUACGCUUAGCAUAGACGAUUUCACAUACCUCACAGAAUCCUAUGGUAACAAGAAUCCAUUUCAGAAUGUUCAGGAAAUUCUUCAGUCUUCUCCUUCAUCUUUAGUUUUGCCAGCUGUUGACUGCGAGGCUACCAAGUAUCUUCUGAGCUUUCUCCAGGAGUCAAGAGAUUGGAAGUUAACAAACAUAACUAACCUCGAUGUCUCUCAGCUGGAAGUUAAUACAUCUAAACCAAACUUACUGGUGGUUCAGCUACAACCACUUGUCAGUGGUUUAAAUGAGAUUUCCACCCUGGAAGCAAUUGCUGAAAAUGACAAGAUAAUUGGAAGACUGACCAUGGAUCUGCAGGAACAAGGGAUUCAUUUUUCGGUAAUUUAUACUGCACUGAGACCUUCAAGG